AUGAGAGAAAAUAGAUUGCCCAAAAACUGCCCCAUGUCAAAUCAAAAAAUUAUGCAAAAAAAAGAAAGAGGAGAAUCAGAAUCGGCAAUUGAAAAAAAUAGUGGAGUGUUUUUUGCAAGGUGGAAAGACAAUGGGAUAGUCACCAUUGGUUCAACAGUACACGGGGUAACCCCACAAAGUAAGACCAAAAGGUACUCUAAAACACAAAAGAAAAUUGUGCAAGUUGAUAUGCCAAAUUGUGUUUUCAUGUACAAUAAAUACAUAGGUGGAACAGACCAAAUGGAUGAAAACAUAGCUCGCCAUAGAAUUGGAAUUCGAGGUAAAAAAUGGUGGUGGUCUUUAUUUACAUGGCUGAUUGAUGUUGCUAUAACCAAUUCAUGGAAACUUUAUGUUAAUUCUGGUCAUAAGGUUACUCAGUUAGAAUUUAGACGAUCAAUUGUUCAAGAAUAUCUAACACGUUUCAAAAACGCUCCAAAAAGAAAAGGACGACCCAGUAGCACAUCAUCAAGAGUUCCAGAGGGUAUUCGUUUUGACCGCCUUGACCAUCAUGUCAUACCAACAGUUGAUGGUAAAAGAAAAAGAUGUGCUGGAGCAAUGUGCACUUCUUCAGUUAGAACAAUGUGUAAUAAGUGCGAUGUUGGACUUUGUGUUGAUUGUUUUAAAACAUUUCAUACCAAAUGA